AUGCCUCAAAAAAGGCGAUGUCGAUUGCCAUUUUGGAGCAAACGUCCAACGUUUGAUGCUAUUUAUUUUAUAAUAAAAAUUCGGCAUUUCAUUUCAAAUCUGCACUGUCAAUUGGGUCUAUCCAGGCUUGUGCGGUCAGCUCUCUUUUACUCGGCAAACAGGGAUAUCGCCCAGCUGGAUUCCCUUAUGGAGUUAGAGUCUAGAGGCUUGAUCUCGCCAUGCCAAGUGUUUACAAAUCCCCACUCAGCUACCUCGUCAAGCGACAAGUUAUUUUUCUUCAAGUUUUUCAGAGACCAUUACGGAAUUAAACUCUUCUCGUUUGAAGGGCCAUUUCCAAACACAAAUAGAGCUACAAUUAACGAACUAGAACGCGCCAACAAUGAGAAACGCCCUUGCUUUUCCAACGAUCCCGUGCAAAGGCUCCCUUACUGGUCAAAUUUGGGCAGCAAGAAUCUAUGCGAGAAUAUUAAAUUUUACAAACCCAAAGGCUUGACUUCUUCUUGCGUUCCAAAUGAUGUUCUGGCUGAUUCGUUAAAUAAAAACAGCCAGAAAGAAAAAAGGGAGCUUCAUCCAACCAAUGACCGCAUUGAACAAAGAAGCUUUGCUUACGGAUUUCCUGCAGCUCAGAAGGAAUCGUCUUUUUUAAAAAACACCAAGGCAAUAUCUGCUAAUCGGCACGAACAGGGCUUUUCUAAGGCGAGCAGGGGUUCUAACUGUGCUCAUGUGGCCUCUAACGCUCCCCGUGGCAAUCACACUACUGUUAUGAAACCGAUCAAAUAUUCGCAACAGAAUUCUGCUCAAAAUGACGUUAUAAAAGACCGAUGA